GUUUUUGUAUUUUUUCAUAUGGUUAUCAUGAAUAGAAUAUACACUUAUAUAUUGCUGUAGCCCUUAUCUAACAGAUAUAUGAAGGACAUUCGUUCAUAUAAUAAUUAUCUAUAAAACGUGACUGUUAAGGAAAAUACAAGAAAUUAAUAUAACCUUCGCAAAAUGGCUACACGUUGGGGUAUAGCUACUGCUGGAAAAAUUUCACAUGAUUUUGUAACAGCUUUAGCAACAUUACCCAAAGAAGAACACGAAAUAAUUGGUGUUGCAGCAAGAAAUUUGACAAGAGCACAAGCUUUCGCAGCACUACACAAUAUUAAAAAUGCUUAUGAUAAUUAUGCAGCAUUAGCAACAAAUAAAGAUAUUGAGGUUGUAUAUAUUGGAACAUUGAAUCCUCAACAUUUUGAAACAGCAAAGUUAAUGUUAGAACAUGGAAAACAUGUUCUUUGUGAAAAACCAUUAACAAUGAAUUUGAAGCAAACAACAAGAUUAAUACAACUUGCAAAAAGUAAAAAUCUUUUUCUUAUGGAAGCAAUAUGGAGUCGUUUUUUCCCAGUUUAUGAUGCUAUUCAAAAAGAAAUUUCAUCUGGCAAUAUGGGAGAAAUUCUUCAAGUUAUUGUUCCAUUUGGAUUUAAUUUGGAAAAUGUUGAAAGACUCAAUACGAAAAGCUUGGGUGGUGGUACUAUAUUGGAUUUAGGUGUAUAUUGUUUGCAAUUUGUUUGCAUGGUUUUUGGUAAUGAAAUGCCACAUACAAUUAAAGCUGCUGGAUUCUUAAAUGAAGAAGGAGUAGAUAUAUCAACUUCUGCAACUCUUUUAUAUAAAGGAAAUCGUACUGCCACUAUUCUAACACAUAGUUUAUUAACUUUACCUAACGAAGCUUAUAUUAUUGGAACAAGAGGUACAAUACGUGUACCAAAUUUUUGGUGUCCACCUAAAGUACAUUUGCCAAGUGGUCUUGUGCAUGUUUCCUUACCAGAAGUCAAGCAGGAAAUGAAUUUCAUAAAUAGUGCAGGAUUAUCUUAUCAAGCUGCUGCAGUUCGUACUUGCCUUCAAAAUGGUAUGACAGAACAUCCAAAAAUGUCUCACAAUACAUCUAUAUUAAUUGCAAAAUUGGAAGAUGAACUUAGAAAACAAAUUGGUGUUGUAUAUCCUGAAGACUAAUUUAAUAGAUAUAUUUGAUUAUGUAUAAAUGUAAAUUGAUAUAUA